GGGAGCGGGGGACGUGUUUGGCAGGGGACUCACUGUUCCGGGUUUGUUCUCAUUUUAGGGUAUUUCUCCGUAAUGUUUCCGAGAGUCACCGUGAUCCUACAUCUUCGCCCCCUUUCCCGUGUCCCUUUGUGCUCUGGAUGCCCAGAUGUAUCGGCAGCUGCGAUUGUGCUACUCCCGGCUCCUCACAGACCCGUCAGGGAAGAAAAUAAUAGCUGCAGGUAUUUUGGCACCAGCAGUGUGAUCUACAGCAAGAAAGAUGAGCAGUCUGUUCCAACCCAGGAGAUUUCCAAGGAGACAGAAAGCCAAGACAGUAUAAAGGAAAAAAAGAAAAAAGACUUGCUAAGUAUUAUUAAGGGCAUGAAAGUUGAAUUAAGCACAGCAAAUGUACAAACAACAAAGCCACCGGGAAGAAGACCACUUAAAAGUUGGGAAGCAACAACUAGAAAAUCUCAAAGAGCAACAGAAGAUGCCCCAAAGAAGAGUGAGUCCCUGAGUCCUGAAUUGGUGGCUGCUGCAUCUGCUGUUGCAGAUUCUCUCCCUUUUGACAAGCAAAAGACCAAGUCCGAGCUGCUCAGGCAGCUCCAGCAACACGAAGAAAAAUCAAGGGCACAGAAAGGUGGAGAAAGACCUAAAAUUAGUUUCAGUAACAUAAUAUCAGAUAUGAAAGUUGCCAGGUCUUCCUCAGCUAGAGUUAGUACAAGACCAGUGCAUCAGAUUCAGUUUGACGAAGGAUCCAGUGAUGAUUGUCUUGCCCAGGAGAAGACUGUUGACCUUAGAAAAAGUUUUAGGAAAGAUUUAUUCAAGGGGAAGAGACUUAAUAUUUUUGAGAUUAAAGCAGAUACUGAAGAGACACUUGAAACAGAAACAACACCUUCACUUUGGGAUGUGGAAUUUGCUAAGCAGUUAGCCACAGUAAAUGAACAGCCCUUUCAAAAUGGCUUUGAAGAGAUGAUCCAGUGGACGAAAGAAGGGAAACUCUGGCAGUUUCCAAUUAAUAAUGAAGCAGGUUUUGAUGAUGAUGGUUCUGAAUUUCAUGAACACAUAUUUCUGGAUAAAUACCUGGAGGAUUUUCCAAAGCAAGGACCAAUUCGUCACUUCAUGGAGCUAGUGACCUGUGGCCUUUCUAAAAACCCGUAUCUGAGUGUUAAACAGAAGAUAGAACACAUAGAGUGGUUUAAAAAUUAUUUUAAUGAAAAACAGGACAUUCUAAAAGAAAGUGACAUACAGUUGAAUUGAAUAUCAUGGAAACUUUAUUUUAAGUUGGCAAUGGAUAUUAUAACUAAAUAAAGUAAUUUUACUAGAUGUUUGCCUUUAUGUGUUAAUUACAGCA